GGGCUGAGGGCGCGCGGAGCCUGCGGCGGCGGCGGCGGCGGCCCGGCGGGCGGAGCGGCGCGGGCAUGGCCGCGCGCGGCCGGCGCGCCUGGCUCAGCGUGCUGCUCGGGCUUGUGUUGGGCUUCGUGCUGGCCUCACGGCUCGUCCUGCCCCGCGCCUCUGAGCUGAAGCGAGCGGGUCCUCGGCGCCGCGCCAGCCUCGAAGGCUGCCGGCCAGGGCAGGCGGCGGCUUCCCAGGCCGGCGGGGCGCGCGGCGAUGCGCGCGGGGCGCAGCUCUGGCCGCACGGCCCGGCCUCGGAUGGCGGUCCGCGCGACAGGAACUUUCUCUUCGUGGGAGUCAUGACCGCCCAGAAAUACCUGCAGACCCGCGCCGUGGCCGCCUACAGAACAUGGUCCAAGACAAUUCCUGGGAAAGUCGAAUUCUUCUCUAGUGAGGGUUCAGACACCUCGAUACCAAUUCCGAUAGUGCCACUACGGGGCGUGGACGACUCCUACCCACCCCAGAAGAAGUCUUUCAUGAUGCUCAAGUACAUGCAUGACCACUACCUGGACAAGUAUGAAUGGUUUAUGAGAGCAGAUGAUGACGUGUAUAUCAAAGGAGACCGUCUGGAGAAUUUUCUGAGGAGUUUGAAUAGCAGUGAGCCCCUCUUUCUCGGGCAGACAGGACUGGGCACCACGGAAGAGAUGGGGAAACUGGCCCUGGAACCCGGUGAGAACUUCUGCAUGGGGGGGCCCGGUGUGAUCAUGAGCCGGGAGGUUCUCCGGAGAAUGGUGCCGCACAUUGGAAAGUGUCUCCGGGAAAUGUACACGACUCAUGAGGACGUGGAGGUGGGAAGAUGUGUCCGGAGGUUUGCGGGGGUGCAGUGUGUCUGGUCUUAUGAGAAUUUGGGAACUACCUCAGUGGCUGAUCCCACGCACCCAGGUCACAUGUCGAUCACAGGCCUUGUGGGAAGAAAGUUGGAAACAGGGCACUUCCGAGAUGUUGUCUUAUUCCAGGCUAAGUCCUGCUCUGCGAACGGACCUCACAGGCGUCCAGGAGAGCAAAGGGCCGAGUUUGAGAAGAUGCAGCAGCUUUUUUAUGAGAAUUACGAACAGAACAAAAAGGGGUACAUUAGAGAUCUCCAUAAUAGUAAAAUUCACCGAGCCAUCACCCUGCACCCCAACAAAAACCCACCCUACCAGUACCGGCUCCACAGCUACAUGCUCAGCCGCAAGAUAGCCGAGCUUCGCCACCGCACCAUCCAGCUCCACCGAGAGAUCGUCCUGAUGGGCAGAUACAGCAACACGGAGAUUCACAAAGAAGACCUCCAGCUGGGAAUCCCACCUUCCUUCAUGAGGUUUCAGCCCCGCCAGCGGGAGGAGAUCCUGGAGUGGGAGUUUCUGACUGGGAAAUACUUGUAUUCUGCGGCUGAGGGCCAGCCGCCUCGGAGAGGGAUGGACUCCGCUCAGAGGGAGGCCCUGGAUGACAUUGUCAUGCAGGUCAUGGAGAUGAUCAAUGCCAAUGCCAAGACCAGAGGACGCAUUAUUGACUUCAAGGAGAUACAGUAUGGCUACCGCCGGGUGAACCCCAUGUAUGGGGCUGAAUACAUCCUGGACCUGCUCCUUCUGUACAAAAAGCACAAAGGGAAAAAAAUGACUGUUCCCGUCCGGCGACACGCAUAUUUACAGCAGACCUUCAGCAAGAUCCAGUUUGUGGAGCACGAGGAACUGGAUGCAAAGGAAUUGGCCAACAAAAUCAAUCAGGAAUCCGGAUCCUUGUCCUUUCUCUCAAAUUCCCUGAAGAAACUUGUUCCCUUUCAGCUCCCUGGAUCAAAGAACGAGCACAAAGAACCCAAAGAGAAAAAGAUAAAUAUAUUGAUUCCAUUGUCUGGGCGUUUCGACAUGUUUGUGAGAUUCAUGGGAAACUUCGAGAAGACGUGUCUCAUUCCCAAUCAGAACGUCAAGCUCGUGGUUCUGCUUUUCAAUUCUGACUCGAACCCUGACAAGGCCAAACAAGUUGAACUCAUGAGAGAUUAUCGCAUUAAGUACCCUAAAGCUGACAUGCAGAUUUUGCCUGUGUCUGGAGAGUUUUCAAGAGCUCUGGCCCUUGAAGUAGGGUCUUCCCAGUUCAGUAACGAGUCUCUGCUCUUUUUCUGUGACGUUGACCUCGUGUUUACUACAGAAUUCCUCCAACGAUGUCGAGCAAACACAGUUCUGGGCCAACAGAUAUAUUUUCCAAUCAUCUUUAGCCAGUACGAUCCAAAGAUUGUUUAUAGUGGGAAAGUUCCCAGUGAUAACCAUUUUGCCUUCACUCAGAAAACUGGCUUCUGGAGAAACUAUGGGUUUGGCAUUACUUGCAUUUACAAGGGAGAUCUUGUCCGAGUAGGCGGCUUUGAUGUUUCCAUCCAGGGCUGGGGGCUCGAGGAUGUGGACCUUUUCAACAAGGUUGUCCAGGCAGGUUUGAAGACAUUUAGGAGCCAAGAAGUGGGAGUAGUCCACGUCCACCAUCCUGUCUUCUGUGAUCCCAAUCUCGAUCCCAAACAGUACAAAAUGUGCUUGGGGUCCAAAGCAUCCACAUAUGGGUCCACACAGCAGCUGGCUGAAAUGUGGCUGGAAAAAAACGACCCAAGUUACAGUAAAAACAGCAAUAACAGUGGCUCAGUGAGGACAGCCUAAGGUCCAGCUUUGCUGGAAGAGACGUUUUUAAUUAUCUAAUUUAUUUUUCAAAAAUUUUUUGUAUGAUCCGUUUUCGAAGUCCAUACAAGGAUAUAUUUUACACAUGCUUUUCUUACAAAGGACUCCUUGAUGAUUGAGCUUUUUGAACAAAAAUGUGAUCAUGUUUGCCUUUGAGCACAUUUUCUUGCUGAACGUCAUGUAGCAGGCCUGCUUGAUAAUGACUUGAAAUGUACCUGAUGGACAGAACUUUCUUGUAGUGUUUCGUUGUGUUUUAUGCGUUUCUUUUCAGACCCCUUUGCUGUGGUCCUAUGGUAGAAACCAUGAACGUUCCUGCAAAGUAUUAAUGUAACAGAACACUGUAACUCUGGUACAUGUUUUGUUGUAACUGGUAAUGUUGCACAGAUUCGACCUUUUGUCUUUUUUUUUUCAAUGGCGUUUUUUUUUUUUUUUUUAAGCCAUUUCAUGUUCUAAUUGUAAAAUAAGGAAAUGUGAUAAUAAGCUGUAUCAUCAUUGUCGGGAGAGCUUUCCAAAGUUGAUUCUUUCCCCCAACUUGUGCUCAUUGUGGUCACGGAGUUGUUUUAAAAGCAAGGGGACAAAGGCACAGUAAGAUGAAUGGCUGUCGUCGUAAUUUGUGUGGCUUAAUGGACCUGGCAUUAAAUUCCAAGAAGGAUUUGGUUUUUUGUUUUUUGUUUUUUCUCAUCUUUAAAGGGUACACUAUUAAUAUUUGGAAUGGCAAAGAAGAAUUAUUGUAAUAAAUCUAAUGUACACAAGCUAAAACAGAAACAAAAACCCGCCCUAAUGAAAGCAUUGGGGGAAAAUGUAUUUUGGUUUUGUUCAUCCUGUCUGUGUUACAUCGGUGGAGUUGGCUGUUUCAAUCUUUAAUUACUGUUUUGUUUUAUUCUUUGUAUCUGAAAUACCUUUAAUUUAUUUAAUAUCCAUUGUUUAGAGCUCGGCCAUUUCUCAAGUACCUGUUUAGCUAUUAGUAUUUAUGUGUAUCAGGAGUGUGUUUAGUGUUAUUUUAUUUGCAGUAAACUGAUCUCCAAAGAUUUCCUUUUGAAAAUGCUUUUCCCUCCUCAAUUUUUACAUUCCUUACUGUUUUACUAAAUAUUAAGUGUUCUUUGACAAUUUUGGUGCUCACAUGUUUUGGGGACAAAAGUGAAAUCUGUCAUUACACCAGAAAGUUCGUUUGUUUUAAAAACUCACAGAUCAAAUGUGCCUUAAUAAAUUUUCUUUUUCAUUUAGAUUUCAAACAGUAAUAGACUUGCCAUUUUAAUACACAUCGUUGGAGAUCUGCUUAUUUGUAAAUAGUCUGUUGCUCAUUCGGGAAAAUAAACCAGUCAACAGUAUUUUUCUAUUGUACUUUUCAGGACCAUUUUGUCUCAUUACUCCUGUUUUAGCUAAAGAAUUGUAUAACAUUUGGAGAGUAAAAAACUGAAACACUGA